ACUUUCGACAGAAUUUGUAAUGGCGCCUUUAGUCAUAAAGAACCCUGCCUUGGAAAGGUAACUAUAAAGCUACUUAAGGAACAUUGGUAAAGGUGAUGAUUGCCUUUAAAAUAUUCAACAGUACUAGUUUUUACAAAAAGAAGAAUAUAAUUUUCAAUUUUAGAGAGAAAUUCAUACCAAUCCUUUGCUAUAUUUACGAAAUAUUUGCCAAGUCUUCCAAACUAUGACCGCAAACACUUUUCAAAUGAGCCACAUAGGAGAGACACAUACAGAUGAUGUGGACCUUAAAGGUGCCAUUAUAAGCUUUCAUAAUAUCAAUUACACCGUUGAUGUUAAAUCAAAGCUUUGCUCCAAACCAAGAAAGAAGAUAGUACUCGAGAACAUGACAGGGCUUUUCAAACCUGGUCUUAAUGCUAUUUUGGGACCAACCGGAGGUGGAAAAUCAUCGCUUUUGGAUGUUCUGGCGGGUAGAAAAGCAAAAGAAGGUCUCAGUGGAACGAUUCUGGUUGAUGGAAAUUUGCAACCUGAUAACUUUAAAUGUAUGUCUGGUUAUGUUGUUCAAGAUGAUGUCAUUAUGGGAACACUUACUGUUGAAGAGAAUCUUAUGUUUUCCGCAAAUUUACGAUUAUCAAAGUCGAUCUCAGAGAAUGACAAAAAAAAAAGGGUUACCGAAGCUAUGGAGGAACUUGGAAUUUUACAUGUUGCUAAAUCUAAAGUUGGUACUCAAUUUAUUCGAGGUAUAUCCGGUGGCGAACGUAAAAGAACAAAUAUUGGAAUGGAACUGAUCGUAAAUUCAAGUGUUCUUUUUCUUGACGAACCAACAACUGGUUUGGACGCAAAUACGGCUAAUACAGUUCUUAGACUUCUCCACAGAUUGUCAAGAAAAGGCAGAACUAUUAUAUUUUCCAUACAUCAGCCAAGAUACUCCAUAUUCAAACUCUUUGAUAGAAUGAUGUUGUUAAGCAAAGGUCUGCCUGUUUAUCACGGACCAGCAAGCGAAGCAUGCGAUUACUUCGCAAAAAUAGGAUACCUUUGUGAAAGCUUGAAUAAUCCACCCGAUUUCUUUUUAGAUGUUAUCAAUGGAGAUGAUGAUAUUGUUAAUGAAAAAGAGAUUCAGAAUGGAAACUGUGAAAAUGAGGUAGGCAGUCACAUUGAUGAUAUAGACUAUGAAUCUGACAGAGAAAAAGGAUCUGCUUCAAUUGAUAGUAGAACACGGGCUAAAAUAUUAUAUGAAAAAUUUAGGGUUUCCAAUUGGUCAAAAGAUGUGGAAAAUGAAACAAGUAUAAUUUAUGACAAUUUUAAUAAAAGACAGAGGUCUGGUGAAAUUGUCAAACAACCUAGCGUUGAAUAUGUUACAAAUUUUUUUGUACAAUUCAAUUAUUUAUCUAGAAGAGCAAUUGUUAAUAUUAUAAGAGAUCCAGCUGCUGCUUUAAUGCAAGCAAUUAUUAUGGCUUUUGUUGCACUAGUUAUUGGAGCCAUCUACUUCAACAUUCCGAGAGAUUCUGAUAAAGGAGUUAGAAAUAGCGUUGGGGCUUUUUUCUUUUUCGCAAUGAACCAAUCUUUUGGAAGUUUAUCUGCUUUAGAACUGUUCAUAAAAGAAAGAGUUAUAUUCAGACAUGAAAAUGUUAGUGGCUUUUACAGAUGUUCCUCGUACUAUUUAUCAAAAAUUACUUGUGAUUUACUACCAAUUAGGAUUGUUCCUUUGCUGGUAUUCUGCGUAAUUACAUAUUGGAUGUUGGAUUUUCAACACGAUGCAGGAAAAUUUUUCUUCUUCUUCUUAACACUGUACUGUACGACCACAUGCGCUUGUGCAAUAGCAUUCGUAUAUAGCGCUACUUUCGAAUCCUUUGCCAUUGCAAAUUUAUCUACAACAAUGACUUUUGUCGUCAUGAUGCUAUUUAGUGGUAUUAUGGUUGAUUUAGGUUCUAUUGGAGAUUGGUUGGAAUGGAUGAAAUAUUUUUCUCUUAUGAGAUAUUGUAUAGCUGGUUUAGCAAUAAAUGAACUAAAAGGAUUGGACUUUUACGAUACCCAUGCAAAUGGAACAAAAAUAUGGUCUAAAGCGGGAGAGAGGUUCUUCCAAGACAUGGGUAUUGAUUAUGAAACUCUUUGGGACAAAUGGGUCAACAUUGUAGCCCUUGUCAGCAUGAGUUUCGGAUAUUUCACACUGGGAUAUAUUCAAUUAAGAAGAAUGAAGAAGUUAAAAUAG